CACACACCCUGUGAUAUCGCGGGCCAGGUCUUGGGCGUAGCAAACCCAUACGGCACUCACUCCCGCGUCUCUUGUGUACAAAAUGCGUUGCGUAUGCGGCAUUGCCCUCCUCGUCAUGAUCACCAGAGCCGAAGCUUUCGUCACGCCCUCGGCGUUUAGACUGUCUGCCGCUGUCGCCCCAAGUACAAGACUGCUGUACUCAGGGCAACAGGGCCGGCGAGUUGUCACUAUGGCGGCAGAGGGGCUUCCCCCAGGCGACCACAACAUCGAUCCCCUCGACGCCCAGUCCAGCAUCCCAGACAGCGUGGGUUCUGCCGCUAUCAGACGGCAAAUCGACUCUAUCAAGAGAAGCAGAGGGGCGGGCAAGAGAACACCCAGACAAGGCGAAAGCAUCCGCUGGGUGGCGUCCACAGAAUCGGAACACCGCGCGCGCCCCACCCUACUACCGCGCGCGGUUUGGGUCCUUCUUUUCAGUCAAGGCUCUGGGUCCUUUGGCAGCAGCAGCGAGCCACAGCGAGGACUGUAUUGCUUGUGGUCCAAGGGCACCAACUCUGCGUUGGCCUUUGAAGAGCGGGAAGGGGCGCUGCGCUACGCCUUCAAGCUGAAGGAGAAAGGACUGGGAAUCCCGACACCGACGCGCGUCUCAAUGACGGACCUCCAACGCUUCUGCCUGGACCACAGCUUCGGCAUCCGGAUGAUCCCCGCCGACGUCGUGCCCGAAGCCCCCCGAAAGACUAAGAAGGAUCUGGGCUUCGACCCUUUGAACUUGACGUCAUCACCUCACGGACGACGCGACGCAGGGGAGGACGCUGGACCCGUGCUGACGCCGGAUGACAUCCGUAAGUGGCGGGCUAAAUUCGAGCGGCUGUACGCUCAGGAAUAGGCAAAGGUAAAACCGACUGACUGGCAGAGUGGAUCGAGAUCCCGGCUGCGCUACUGUCAGAAAGACUUGAGCCUGUUCGUUUUCUUAGAAAAUCACUCGACAGCGUAGAGAGCGAGCGACCGCGAGAGACUCCCGCGCAUGGAGAAGAACGCGGUCAACCCACCGGCGGCUGUGUGUAGCCUCCUUUCUUCGCUGCUGUUGCGUGUGCUGCAACAGAUGUAGACGUUUGAGAGACCCACUGCUGCCGGAUUGUUGUGGGGGGAGACUCAGCGUAAAGGCCGCGAAUCAAGACGUCUGUCGCCGCUGGUUGGCUAGCGGUACGCAAGAGUACCUACCCGUGGCGCUAAUGUAGUAUCGUGAAUCAUGUGCAGGGGUACAGGAGGCGGUGUUUUUCAACGAACGCGCGGCAAGAGAACAACGUAGUACGUACGUACGCUGCCGAACCACAAGGAAGGGUGGAUGGAUGCAAUGAAUGAUAAUGUAGCGAGCUGGAGGAGAGAGAGAGCACUUUGACGGCGUCUGUCUCUGUAGCAGCACGAGGGGAAAAGGACUCGUGUUGUUAGUGGAGGUUGGGCAAGGGCGUUGUGCCUCGAUCGUCAGAUGGCUUACGAUGGCUUACGAUGGCUUACGAUGAAGUUGUUUUUUUUGUGAAUACGUUCAUGUCAUCUGCGCUCUGUUGUCUGUAGUAUUUAGACUAUUCCCGAGGGAGUUUUAGGUGCUGUGAUAUAUGCAUGGACUAGACUGGUUUUGUUCUCUUCUCGCGGUGUUGAAGUUACGGGUGAUGGUUUCCUGCAGAACCCAACCCUCGCUGGUUGACUGCUUGUUUUCGUUCACGCCUGGCUCUUGCCAACCGCGCGUUUCUUCGCUGUUGGUUGUUGUAGCGGUGGACGCUGCUGCUGUUGCCUUGAGUUUAGUUUUAACUUUGGGAAGGCGACGAAAGCACCCGCGU